AUGAGCCACGCCAUCCUAGCCCCGCCACCAAACACGAAGUCCUUUUACGGUCGUACCAAAUCUCGACCACGCCUGCCCAGAGCCCCGCCCACACCCGCCACGCCCACCAAUGAUGUCAUAGUUUCAGAUGAAGGGAGGGGCCUACCUAACAUGUCGGCCAAAGUGGGUCCUCCUCCAGGCUGCACCAUCAACAUCUCAGACCCCCAGGUCCAAGAGGCGGCCAUCAGGAUCCAGGCAUCAUACAGAGGACACAGGUCCCGUAAGGAGCUUCGGGAGAAGGGCCCUCCUCGGAUUCUGCAGGAGCUGAGGGACGUGGUUCUGGUGGAGGGCAGUGCAGCUAAACUCUCCUGUAGAGUCUCCGCCUUUCCCGACCCCUUCAUCGUCUGGUCCAAAGACGGACAGCAGCUGCAGGACGGGCCGAAGUACCGCUACGUGUUUGAGGACCCGGACGUGGUGGCGCUGGUGGUGCGGGACGGCGAGCUCGGCGACCUCGGCAAAUACACCGUCACCGUGAAGAAUCCGUUUGGACAGACCACAGACUCUGCGUCCAUCACAGUGGAGGUCCCUGCUAGAGUUUCUAAAGGUCCUGAGAGUCUGAGGUCCAAACGUGGCUGCACCGUGACCCUGAAGGCGGAGAUCAGCGGAGAGCCCCCCCCGCUGGUGGCCUGGCUCAAGGACGGGGACGACAUCGAUGAAGACGACAGAGUGUUCUUCGACAUCGGUGACACCACCACCAUCCUCACCAUCAAAAACGCUCAGCUCCUCGACUCUGGCAAAUAUGAAGUGUUUGUGGAAAAUAACCUGGGAACAGACCAGUCCUUCGCCCGACUGGACAUCAUCUGA